AUGGCUCCCGUGCAAAACACAUUCUCAGUCGUGCCCAACUAUCCUUCGGCCAACAAUCGCAACGAUGACGACCCUACUGCCCGGCCCAGCAGGCCGGCGAUGACCACCAAGCAAGCCAAAAAGGCAUACCAAAAGGCGAAUCGAGGUCCCAAAUUAUCCAAAGCAGAAAUUCGACGACAGGAGCUGCUCGAGCAAGAUCGCAUUCGGAAGGAGGCUGAGAAGGAGAGAAACCAGGCCAGGGCACGGUUGGCACGAGAUCGCAAGAGGGAGAAGGAGGAGAACGAGCGCGCAGAGAAGAAGAAGAAAGGUCUUCCGCUAGUCAGUGUACGGCCAUCUCAAGACACGAUUGCUCGGUUCGUUCGUGGCUUCAGUGCGCCUAGGCAAGCCGGCAAUCUUUCGACAAAGACUACCCCAGCUCAGUCGCCAGCAUGCUCACCAGACGGGUCGCCAACUCGGGAGCCAGCGAAGUCUUCAGCACAAGCACCAGCCUGUCAUCGUACUGCAUCUUCAGGCCAUGCUCCAGCUCCGUCACCUUCCCAACGGCCCACUCCCUGCAUAAGACAGUCCCAAGAUCAGGCGCCAAUUCGUUCACCACCUCGGCCUCACACCACAGCAGUCGGUCCGCCAGCAGAGAAACCUCCCACUGAGAGAUGUGCAGGGUUGAUUUAUUUUCAGGAGAGCUCUGAUGCAGCUUGUGCUCAGGCGCGUGCGUUGGAUAAGCAUGUUGUGGACGAACAAAAUGAGCCAUCCUUGAAACGGCGACGUCUGAGUUCUCAACACGAGCCGAGCAGAACGAUGGAAUGCCAGGCCGAAAUAUCAUGUGUACCGUCAUCGAGAUGUAGUAUCUCACCACCCGCUGUUGUGACUACCUCGCCACAGCAAGCAGAAACGGCUCGCGGGCCAAUCCAAACAACUUUGCCUCACGCGUCCCUCGAAGUCGUGGCAAUGACAUUGAGUCAGGAGCUUGAUGAUAUUGCCGAUAUUCUCACCGCCGAUUACUUGAACGAUUCCUUCAGCUCAUUUCUCGCAUCGCCUCAAGCAGCAGAAACAUGCAGUACGAUUCCUCCAAACAAGCCUGUAUGCUCGACGACAAGUCCAUCAAUACCAGACCAGCCUGGGGCCAAUAUUGAUAUCGUGCGCGUCAACAGUGGAGAGAGUGCUGGCAUCGUCGGCAAGGAAUCAACCGAAACUCAGCCACAUGUAGACACUAGUCAAAACCAUGACAGGGCAAGUAGCGAGCACCCUGCGUCAUGCGCACCGUCACAGUCCUGGCGUCGCGCCAACAUGAGUACUAGUCCCUCCUUGGCACCUCAAAGACGCCGCAAUGCUCUGCAGCUUGACGCGAAGUCAUCGGAGAGUCUCCGUGAUGAAAAUGGGAGGCCCUGUCCACCACCCGAUCAGAAGUUGAUGGCACCGCCACCAAUCCCGUUGAAGUGCUCAAGCCGGAAAGCCCCUGUUCUCGGUUCGCGAUAUACGUCAGUUCAUGCCAGUCCGAAACUCACUGCCUCGACAUCACAAGCGACAAGUCUCGUAGUGGAGGGGUCAGCUGUACAAGAAUUGGCGCCACCGCCAAGCACACAGGCUUUUGUUUUCGAUCACUUUGCGGAUCUGUUCCCAACCCCAUCUCAGGAAUUGCAUGAAGUCUAUCAUGGAGCAGCCGCUUUUGAGCGAAGUUCUUUUUCUAGACACCCGCAACAUUGGAGUACGGGAAAUUCGCAGGCUAGAUUACCAUCAUCUGCUAAGCUGAGCGUAUCUUCGUCUUCGAGCCAGGCUCUAGCCAGCGAACAAUCACGCGGGCUGAACAAGAAAUCUGUCAAAGAUUCAUGCGCGAAACAGCCCUCGGCAGGCUUCAACGACCCAGCGAGUACGCCCGAUUUCGACUUCCCGUUUCUUUCGACACAAGACGUUAGUCUCUCGUUCGAGGACAUUGAAGAGCUCGAAACGCCUGUUCGUUCUCGAGUAUCAAUGACCACUGGCAGGCCACCGCUUGAAACCUUCAAGCCUGCAAAAGAAGCCAAGUUGCUUGCUCGUACAGGCAAUAACUCAGCGCAGAAGAUGUCGAGUAGACCCCUCCGCAACGUGGAGCAAAACGCGUCUCGCCCAGCUACCUCAAGAAGUGUGCCGAGAUCCUCAUUUGAUUUUAAGAGUCGGCGCACCUCUGCAAAUCCGCCUGAUCAUUCUCCACCAAAACCAGUCAGCCAAGGCCACAAGAAGAGCACACCACUUGCGCCGCAAGAACAGAGCCAACCCGUAGUCUCACUUGCAGACAAUAGCAACUGUCCGCCACGACCGCGACUAAUCAAGGCUGAUCAAGCAGUCCAAGCACAAGCUAUGGCUAGUACCUGGCGUAGCGAGGGACAGUCCGCCAAGGCUCACAAUGACAAUCUCGUGCCCGAGUCAAUACCGUCGGUAACAGAGCCCUUGGCCACUCGCGAGCCAUUCUUCACGUCAAGCUGUAGACAGCCACUCUACAAGUACGCAAUCGAGCGCAAUAAAACUAGUGCAUGGGCCUCUCGGGAUUCGGACCGCCAAUCAGAGACAGCGCUGGACCUGUUGCAACAAUUGGAGAAUGCACGCUUCGCAAACUUGUUGCAGGAAACGGAACCGUGUAGCCAGAAACCAGGGAACACGCAAGGGCGCAACCUAGAUGUGAGCAAUAAGCAGCAAGCCACUGAAACAUACCACGAAACGCGGCACAAUGAAGACAAUCGCAGCCAAUCUGCGCGUAGUGCACUAGAUGCACGAUCGGCCGUUCGGCAACGGUCACCACGACCGACCACGAAUAGAGCGCCCGAGCCAUCUGAGAAGCCAGCACGACUUUUGAGCUCUUAUGAGAAGAUGAUAGCCGAAUUGGAUAAGGCUAAUAAGGAGAAUAUGGACCCCUCACGACUUAAGGACGAUGAAACUCGGCCCGGUGGCUCGCAGGAAACUGAUUACGGAGACCUGGGCUGGGAUGACGAGAUGCUUGCAUUUGAUAUAGAUAACUAA